AUGGCUUAUCUUCACGAAUUCAGAGAAUUCUUCCGCGCUAAUCCUUACCACAUGAUUGGAGUUGUCGAAACCUGGCUCAAUGACGCUACUGGGGACCAACACGUCGAACUACCAGGAUAUACCAUUCUGAGGGUUGAUCGGCAAAAUAAGAGAGGAGGCGGCGUGGCGAUACAUAUCAAGAAAGAACUCAACUUCCGUCUACUAAGCUCAUCCUCUGGAGAUGGGCAGGUAAUCAUUCCAGAAUAUUUGAUAGCAGAAAUCUGGGGCCCAUCACAAUACAAGAUCAUGGUUGCUGUUGUCUACAGACCACCCAAAGCGGGAUACAUGGGUAUGUUCGAAGAUGAUAUUGCACCUAGAAUAGUUAACUACAAAUUUACAUGUGUUUUAGGGGACUUUAAUGCAGAUCUUCAAACAACAAAUGAUAAAGCAGUAAGACUGAGAGACCUCUUUGACACGUCCGGACUGAGUAUUGUACUAUUACAGCCAACCAAUCAUUCAGCACAAGCGAACACUUGGAUUGAUGUAUGCGCAGUCGGUCACCUAGCUAAUCUUCACGCCUGGGGUCAAUCAGGUCAACCUUUCCUAUCAUCUCACGACCUUAUCUACAUCUGCCUCAGAUACAAACACCCAAAACCGGCAAGACGGAUCAUUAAAUGCCUAUCAUGGAAAGAGAUUGACUCUGAUGCAGCCACAGAACUGAUCAAUAGAAGAAAACAUGAGCUGGAUGGUACUAACGGUACUCAGCAAUCACUAGACCAGUACCUAGACAAGUUGAAUUGCCUGGUUCAGGAAAUCAUCAACCAAUGUGUUCCAGUUCGAAAGUUUGUAGCAAAGCACCGCCCAACCCCUUGGUUAACACAGGAAUUGUGUGAGAAGUGUAAAGAAAGAGACAAAUGCUACAGACGAUUCAAAAGAAAUGGCCGCUGUGAAGCAUGGGAGUCUUACAUUCAAAUACGCAGACCAGCACAGUCUUUAUGGAAAAAAGAUCAGGCAAACUAUCUACAAUCAGUUUUCAAUCACUCAGGUCACACAAGGCAGUUUUGGGGUGAAAUGGACAGACUUCGUCUCACAGUAGCUUCAACAAAAUCGCGAGGGGCGCUGAACUUUAAUAUCGAGGCAUUAAUCAAUUACUAUGCAACAAUAAUUGCAGGCAGGAAGUUUCCGCCGCUCGACGGCCUAUUGACUAGUUUGAGCCGAGUGCAGGCCAAUGAAGAUUUUCCUUUUACCCAUGCCAAUAUCGAUGACGGCGUAAAACAUCUUGCAGCUGGUACCUACGGAGCGACUGGGAUUGAUGGACUAUCUGCGCAAGCACUGAAAAUGCUGAAGAAUCUGAUUGUCCCGCUUAUUACGGAGCUAAUAAAUAACUCCCUAGACACUUGCUGCUACCAGACUCAAUGGCGAUCAUCUCUAAUCACGCCAAUACCGAAAAUCUGA